AUGGAAGGCUCCAAUGGCUUUGGGAUCGACUCCAUUCUCUCCCACCGAGCCGGCAGCCCCGCCCUUCCCAAGGGGGACCCCUUGCUCGGGGACUGCCGCUCGCCCCUGGAGCUGAGUCCUCGCUCAGAGAGCAGCAGCGACUGCUCUUCACCAGCCUCGCCAGGAAGGGACUGUCUGGAGACGGGAGCCCCGCGGCCUGGCGGGGCUUCGGGACCAGGUUUGGACUCCCACCUGCAGCCUGGGCAGCUCUCGGCCCCAGCCCAGUCUCGCACCGUGACCUCCUCCUUUCUGAUCAGGGACAUCCUUGCCGACUGCAAACCACUUGCGGCCUGUGCACCCUACUCUAGCAGCGGGCAGCCGGCCGCUCCUGACCCUGGGGGCCGUCUUGCGGCCAAGGCUGGGGAGGACUUUAGAGACAAGCUGGACAAAAGUGGCAGCAACGCCUCAUCGGACUCUGAGUAUAAAGUGAAGGAGGAGGGCGACCGGGAGAUCUCCAGCUCCAGGGACAGCCCCCCAGUGCGCCUGAAAAAGCCUCGCAAGGCGCGCACGGCCUUCACCGACCACCAGCUGGCACAGCUGGAGCGCAGCUUCGAGCGGCAGAAGUACCUGAGCGUGCAGGACCGCAUGGAGCUCGCGGCCUCGCUCAACCUCACCGACACGCAGGUCAAGACCUGGUAUCAGAACCGCAGGACUAAGUGGAAGCGACAGACGGCCGUCGGGUUGGAGCUGCUGGCCGAGGCGGGCAAUUAUUCGGCGCUCCAGCGGAUGUUCCCGUCGCCUUAUUUCUACCCGCAGAGUCUGGUUUCCAACCUGGAUCCCGGCGCCGCGCUCUAUCUGUACCGCGGGCCCAGCGCACCGCCGCCCGCGCUGCAGAGACCUCUGGUCCCUCGUAUCCUCAUCCACGGACUCCAGGGCGCCAGCGAGCCGCCGCCGCCGCUGCCCCCGCUGGCCGGCGUCCUCCCGCGCGCCGCGCAGCCUCGGUGA